GAAGAGCCAGAGCCAUAUCCACCACCACCGAGCCAAGAGGAAAAUGGCAAUGGUGGUGGCCGUGGGUGUGCUCCACAACCACCUCCUCUCUGCGUCUUCUCGAAUAGUUUGUUUAUCUUCUUGUUCUCGCCCUCCCCUCUCAGUCUCGUCAGGUGUUGCGAAGGUGGUUCUUAAAAAGGGAAAGACACAGCUCUUCAAAGACGGAAGUCCAAUGGUGUACAGUGGAGCCGUGGACAGGAUCAUCGGAAAACCGCCUCCACAGACCGGAGAUGUUGUCAUUGUCGCCGAUGGCACCGAGAAUCCCAUUGGCUGGGGGUUGUAUAACUCCGUAUCUAUGUUCUGUGUUCGCCUUAUGCAGCUCCAACACGAAUCCACCAGAGAUCCUUCGUGUGCACUCAACAUUGAGAAGCUUCUCCAAACUAGAAUCACUCAAGCAGUUCAGUUGCGGAAUAGUUUGGGACUCCCCUCGGAUAAUAAUACUAAUGCUUAUCGUCUUGUCAACAGUGAGGGAGAUAGAUUGUCUGGAUUGAUAGUGGAUGUGUUUGGAGAUAUAGCUGUGGUUGCAUCCUCCGCCGCUUGGCUUGAAAAAUACAGGAGUCAUGUGGAGGCUUGCUUGAGAUCAAUCAAUGGUAUUAAUCACAUUAACUGGAGACCCUCUCUUGAUGUUCUCAAAGAAGAUGGCUUUGAUAUCUCCUCUUUGAAACAAACAUCAUCUGCUCCUCCUCUCCCCGAGAGAUCAAUGGUGGUGGAAAAUGGUAUCUCUUACGCAAUCUCUCUAGAGGGACAGAAGACAGGGUUCUACACUGAUCAACGCGAAAACCGCCGCUUCAUAUCGACCAUCUCCGCUGGCAAAAGGGUUCUUGAUCUUUGCUGUUAUAGUGGUGGAUUCGCACUAAAUGCUGCGAGCGGAGGUGCCACCAGUGUCCUCGGUGUUGAUUCAUCUUUGCCUGCUUUGGAGCUCGCCAGAGAGAAUGUAAUCCUCAACCGUAUGGAUCCAGAGAAGGUUGCUUUCUUCAAACAAGAUUCUACAGAGUUCAUGAAGGGCGCUCUGUCAAGGGAAGAGACAUGGGACAUCGUCAUCCUAGACCCUCCUAAGCUAGCUCCAAGGAAAAAGGUUUUACAUAACGCGGCAGGAAUGUACAGGAAUCUCAACUCGUUGGCGAUGAGAUUGACAAGUAGUGGAGGUUUGUUGAUGACAUGCUCAUGUUCAGGUGCCAUGACACAGAGCGGGAAGUUCUUGGGCAUUCUUCAGAGCGCUGCAGCUAUGGCGGGAAGGAAGAUCACUGUGGUUAGGGAGGCAGGAGCUGCUUCUGAUCACCCUCUCGACCCAUCCUACCCUCAAGGCCAGUACCUCUCCAAUAUUCUGCUUCGGGUGCUCUGAGUUUUCGUUUCAACAAAUGCUCAAUAUUAUUUUUUAGGUUUGUUGGGGACAAAAGUAAUUUAGUUUGAACUUGUUUGUUAUAGAUAUUUGGAGUAUCAGCUCUCACCGAAUGAACCAUUUUUGCAAGCAAGGAUUUCAUUGAGUAACGUUUCUUAAUUUCACUUA